GGGGUGUAGGAGCGGGUGUCAGCCCGCGGAGCCCCGUCGCAUCCAGGACUGCGGGGGCCAGGAAUGGGUGGUGCGUGUGGGGGGAGCCUGUCUCCUUUCGUCAACGGUGGGGGUUGCCCGUGGGAAGCCCUUCCGCGCCUCCGCGUCUCCGGCCUGUCUCCAGCAACUCUUUUGGACCAAACCAAGUCCCGGGGGCCUCCUGGCCGCCAGCUUCCCUUUCGGCCCCUGAUUCUGUGCUCCCUCUCCUCCCAAGCUGGAUCUAGUGCGUACCAGCUUGGGGAAGGCCCCUCUGUGCAGUCAUGCCAAAGAGGAAAGUGACCUUCCAAGGCGUAGGAGAUGAGGAUGAUGAGGAUGAAAUCAGUGUCCCCAAGAAGAAGCUGGUGGAUCCAGUGACGGGGGCAGGGGGUCCUGGGAGCCGCUUCAAAGGCAAACACUCUUUGGACAGCGAUGAGGAGGAUGAUGAUGAUGAGGGGUCCAGCAAAUAUGACAUCCUGGCCUCAGAGGAUGUGGAAGGUCAGGAAGCAGCCACACUCCCCAGUGAGGGAGGUGUGCGGAUCACACCCUUCAACCUGCAGGAAGAGAUGGAGGAGGGCCACUUUGAUGCCGAUGGCAACUACUUCCUGAACCGGGAUGCUCAGAUCCGAGACAGCUGGCUGGACAACAUUGACUGGGUGAAGAUCAGGGAGCGACCACCUGACCAGCGCCCGCCGUCAGACUCAGAAGAAGAGGACAGCCUGGGCCAGACACCAAUGAGUGCCCAAGCUCUCCUGGAGGGCCUUCUGGAGCUGCUCUUGCCAAGAGAGACAGUCGCCGGGGCACUGAGGCGUCUGGGGGCCCGAGGAGGAGGAGGAGGCAAAGGGGGCAGCAAGGGGGCUGGGCGGCCUAGUUCCCCCCAGCGCUUGGAUCGGCUCUCUGGGUUGGCUGACCAGAUGGUGGCCCGGGGCAACCUUGGUGUAUAUCAGGAGACAAGAGAACGGUUAGCCCUGCGGCUGAAGGGGUUGGGGUCCCGGACCCAGGGACCCCCUGAGCCCACACCCCCACCCUCUCUGGACAUGUUUGCUGAGGAAGUGGCAGAGGGGGAGCUGGAGACCCCAACCCCUACCCAGAAGGGAGAAGCAGAGUUGCCAGGAGAUGGUCUGGUGGACGUGAUGUGGGAAUAUAAGUGGGAGAACACGGGAGAUGCUGAGCUGUACGGGCCCUUCACCAGCACCCAGAUGCAGACCUGGGUGAACGAAGGCUACUUCGCAGAUGGUGUUUAUUGCCGGAAGCUGGACCCUCCCGGUGGACAGUUCUAUAACUCCAAACGCAUUGACUUUGACCUCUAUACCUGAGCCUGCCGAGGGCCCAGUUUGACGUUCUCUUCUUUCCUGGACUCUCUGGAGGAGGCCCCAGCUGCCUCAGGCAGUGAGGAUUUGGGGAGCCAUUUUUCAUUCAGUUUUCCUUUCCCAAUAAAAGCCUUUAGUUGUAUAUUAGGGCCUUGGCUAUGCUGAUGGGCAGAAGCCAAGGCCCUUCCUAGCCCCUUU